AUGUAUUGCGAGGUUAAGGACGUUAUAACGAACCCACCGUCUUCGAAUAAAUACGAGAAGCUGAAGCAAGAGCUGAUUAAGCGUCUUUCUGCGUCCCGUGAGAAGAAGCUGCACCAACUUCUCAUGCACGAAGAACUCGGGAAUAGAAAACCAUCCCAAUUUUUGCGCCAUCUACAAAGUUUGGCUGGACCGUCGGUGCAAAACGAUUUCCUGCAAACCAUCUGGAGCAGCCGUCUGCCGAGCAACAUUCAAACGUUGUUGGCUUCACAACCAGCGAGCUCACUGGAAGUCCUCGCAGACCUAGCAGACAGAGUCCAAGACAUCGUGUCGCCUACCCUCCAAACCGCAGCAGCAAGCGUUCCAGGCCCAAGUACCCAGGCCAUGGCCUUAGAGAUAGCUGAGCUGAAGGAGGCCGUCAGGAACUUGACCAUGCAGCUGGAGCGUCGUCCUCGCAACCAACAUCGUCCAAGAGACCGUAGCCGGCACAGGUCCUCAAGCAGGUCAAACUCAAAUUACCGCAAGUACCCCCUGUGCUGGUACCACAGCAAGUAUGGUGCGAAGGCGCACAAAUGUAUCAAACCGUGUGACUUCAAGACUUCGGGAAACGCGCAGGGCGGUCGAUAA